GUGGAAUUGGCAAAUCCGACAGUCAUUGAAGAUUAGCCAUUUGUGUACGUACGUUAGAACUCAAUGUGCAUAAAUAAAAAGAAAAGAUACACAUAAGUUUUAUAUUUUAAGAUAUCCAAUCUUGUAAAUCUUUUAGCUGUUGUCACGAAUUGUGUAAAAAGUAUUGAGAUGAUUCUUCGAACAAGUAUUUUUAUCGCCUUUUUGAUUUUAACGAUCGAGGCAAAAAAGUACAAUCACAACGGCGAUAAGUAUCGACACUGGCAAGAAUUCGAAGAAUUUCUCGAAUGGAAGAAAAUGAAAGAACAGAAAGAAAUAGAAGGAAAAUGGUCGAUCGAUUUUACUGAUAAUUCAUCGGAUUCAAUGAAAAAAUAUGGGAAAGAAGAUAGACGAUCACAAGAUCCACCUCCGGUUGAAGAUGCUGUUUUAAUGGCAAGAUAUAUUGUUAAUCAAGCUGAUUGGACCUCUGUGGCGACUAUAAGUACACGACAAGAGAUUGAAACAUUUCCAACAGUUAAUUUAGUUUCCUUUUCCGAUGGUCCAUUAGGUAAUGGGUCUGGAAUACCUUAUCUUUAUCUCACACCUUUGGAUUUCACAUCACAAGAUCUAACUAAAGAUAAUCGAGCUACUCUUUUCAUGACUUUAGCUCAAGAAAAUUAUUGUAGAGAAAAAAUAUGGGAUCCAAUGGAUCCACGCUGUGCAAGGGUCAUACUUACUGGAAAGAUAAAAGCAAUAAAAAAUGAUAGUCCUGAGAUGGAAUUAGCUAAAAGUGCUGUGUUUGGACGUCAUCCUGCUUUGGAAAACAUGCCCGCAGAUCACCAUUUCUAUUUUGCCAAAUUGAAAAUGAUGUCUAUCGCAGUUUUGGAUACAUUUGGUGGUCCAAAAUAUGUCAGUGUAAAGGAUUACUUACAUCCACCAACACCAAAUGUCACUGAAGAAUUCUAUAAACGUAUUCAUAAACAGCAACAAGAUUAUGCGAGUGAUUCUCAAGAGGCAUAUAAUAUGAAACCAAUGACAAAUUUUCUAAAUCCAAUUGUCCGUAAUAUUUAAAUAUCGUAUUACUAACUAAGCAAAGUCAAUUUAUAUAUUCACAGUAAAUUUACAUUACAAAAUUUCA